AUGAGCCUUCACGGUAUCUUCCGUACGGCCGUGGCCGUAGCCUCGAUGAUAUCGAUGGUGGCGGGCACAACGGCCCAGUCAACUGAGGUCGACAUCAUCUUCCCGGCCCUCGAUGGGAUGAACUUGAACGACCUGGAAGGAAGUGUUAUGAGUGCCGACGCCUCAGCGACCACAAUCCAGAUUGACUGCCGAUCCAGCGUGACCAACCAAUGUCUCUCUUCCGGUUAUGUCUUGCCCCAGACCCUCACGACCGGUCCGUCCUUCCAAGACUAUUAUUACGAUAUCACCAGCUACUGGAACAGCACCAUCUAUAUCGUUACUGGGGCUUUGGACUGCAAUCUCACUUCGUCUACGCUAGGCGCCUCUUGCUACUACUCGAGGAGCACGUGGGUAUCCAGUGGCUUGACUGCCAACUCCUCGGCGUCGUCCACGAGCAUCUCUAUAUCUUCGUUCAACUUGAAGUAUAAUACCUUGACUGUGGCCUCGGGACUGGAGAAGCUUCAAGCCACCCAAACCGCUGCGACCAACGCGGCCCCGGGUCAGACUGUGAAGUCAACAUCUACGCCAACGACAACCGCCGCAUCGAGCUCAGAACAUCACAUAUCCUCGAAAGCCUGGAUCGCGGGCCCAGUUGUUGGUGCCGUGGUUGGUUUGGCUCUGUUUACGGCGCUGGCAUUUUGGUGUGUUAGUCGCAGGCGUAAGACCAAUGCAGAUCCCGUGGGCUGGGAUUCAUCGGAAGGAAUUGCAGGGGUCUCAGAGUACCAGGCACAUCUACCAGUGCAAAAUUCUCACGCUAGAGAACUUCCAGUUAAGAGUGCGUCGGCAGAGUUGUCAGUGAAAGAUUCUCAGGCGGGAGAACUUCCAACCAAGAGUGCGCCGGCAGAGUUAUCAAAUCAACACAAUCCCCACGAGCUGCCGUGA